UAUAUUUGACAAUUUUAAAAGGAAACGUUGAGCGUUAAUGUAUGUAUCUUUUUCAUUGAUAUCACACUAAAAUAUUAUAGUUUUCGCUAACUAUGUUGCAAUCCAACAUAUCAUUGUGUUUUAUUAUUGCUGUGCUUACAAACGCGGUUAUAGGGCCACGAAACUUUAAUAGAGAAGACACGGAUGUGGUUUUGGCCGAGCUGAACAAGAUUAAACAACUCGAUAUGGGUUUCUUAGAAGAAUUCGUCAUGCGUGAAAGACGGGUUAAGCAUAAUAGCGAGUACGAAAGGUUGAUAGAUUACCUUAAUAAUCAUAUUGAGCAUAUUUACCAGCAGCUCGAGUGCAGUUAUGCAUUGUUUGCGAUGCGUUACAUGCGAUUAAUCGGAGCAAUCUUGGCGGACCCCAUGGAUUUGGUGAAAGAAGAUGUUUUGGAAAAGGUUUUGUUCGACGACGAAGCUGCGGAAAUGUUGGCCACCUCCAUAGAUGUGCCAAAAAUAAAUGUUGUUAAGAACACCAUGUGGGCGUUCUGGUUGUUCGCGGACAGACUGCACAGGUUCUUAGAUGAAACCAAAAAAUUUGGAACUGUCGACGAGAAAAACCAUUCGGCCAUCUUAGCCGCUCACCGGACCGUUCGCUCUGUGCUCGAUCGGUUUUUGAAUAGGGAUCAGUGCGUUUUCCACAAAGCUGAAAUGAAAUCAAAUGAAUUGGCCAGACUAAUCGACGAACUAAAUGUGCCGGACAAGUCAAAACAGCUCGUAUGGUACCUUUUGAAUAAUAAGCACGUGUUUGAUAGACAAAAGUCGGCCAACGCUCUUUUUGGGGUAAAUACGUUCCGCCAACAACGAAUUUCCAUGACAACGUUAAACCUAGACGGCUUACUUGGGAUCCAAACAUUUGUGGUGCGCAGCAAGGGCGCUGAAUUUUGGCAAGCCAUAGAAAGCAAGAUAAGUGAUGUAUACAACACUGCUAUGGAAUUGGGCACGACACUAACCCAACAGACCGAGUCAGUAUGCAUUUUUCAAAAAGAGUUAACCGAUAUCGCUAAAAAAGUUUCGCUUGGCGUUGACAUCAAAAUCUUCGAGUCAUUUAAGGAAUACACGUCUUCCGAAGAAUGUCAACGCGUCGCUGAACUUGAUAAUAUACAAAAUGUCUAA